AUGAGGGUCGAACUCCUCCCUCGGCCUCAAAUCGUCGUCGUCGUCUCUCAUUCGUUCCUAAAACCCUUUCAAAACCCUAACUUCAAUGGCACAAUACCCCCUUUUACUUCCCUCAAUGGAUCUCUGCUAUUCAGACCCAUUGCCCAAUUUUCCCAUCAACACAACGCCCCUCCUCUUGUACCUUCUCACUCCGACACCGGUCUCCUAUUCCGGGAAAAAGUUAUCUACCUCGAAAGACUCAAUAUCAACUCCAGCAAAGCCCUCCGGCAAAAUCCUAACAUCCGAUCGGUUCCAAUUUCCGCUCUCAAAUCUGUAAAAGAGUGCCUCUCCUCCAUGGGCGUCGAGCGCUCUGCAAUGGGUCGAAUCCUCGAUAUGUAUCCCCAGCUUCUCACAUGCGACCCCUAUUUUGAUCUCUACCCUGUUUUCGAUUUCUUAUUGAAUGAAGUAGCAAUUCCGUUCCCUGAUAUUCGGAAAGCGAUCAUGCGGUGCCCAAGGCUAUUGGUUUGCAGCGUGGAUGAGCAACUCAGACCGACUUUGAGCUUCUUGAGGAAUUUAGGCUUUGUGGGACCCAAUGCCAUUAGUUCCCAGACGGCAUUGCUGCUGGUGUCAAGUGUGGAGGGCACCCUUACGCCCAAAAUUAAGUAUUUGCAGAGGCUGGGGUUCUCUUAUGAGGAAGUGCUAAAUAUGGUUAUAAGGUCACCUGGAUUAUUGACGCUAAGUAUCGAAAAAAAUUUGAUGCCAAAGUCUGAGUAUUUUUUGGAGCAGAUGAAUGGGGACAUAGCUCAAUUGAAGAGAUUUCCACAGUAUUUUUCAUUUAGUUUGGAGAAGAAGAUUAAGCCAAGGCAUAGACUAUUACGUAAGAACGGCUUUACGCUUCCUUUGGACGAGAUGUUAAAGGUUAGUGAUGGCGAGUUCGGUGUUAGGUUAGUUGAAAUGCGACUAAAAUCACUUGAGGGAAGGUAGCAGCUGUUGUUAUAAAUUGCUUCUUUCCUACACUGCAAUUGUAUACUAAUUUUCUGUGACAUAUUUCCUUGAUUUGAAAAAUCAUGUAGUUUAGUUGUAUAUAAAUGUUUGAUGAAUUCACAAUAUUUGACAUCCUAGGUUUUAUCCAAGAGGCCCUUGUAUA